AGAGAGAGAGAGAGAGAGACUGACUGCUGUUAUCACUCACACACACACACACACACACACACACACACUCGGACUAUAUUUGGGACUGAGCGGACUGAGGAGCUGCUGGAUGUUUCUGACAAACACCGGAACAACAGACAGACCGAGAGCUGAGCUGACUCCUGUGCUGCAGUGAAGGAAAUCAGCAGCUGUCAACAUGUGCUGAUUGGGCUGAAGAGGCCUGAAGACGAACAGAUUCAGACAUGAUCCCUUAUUCCCCCUGAGAAACUGACCAAUCAGCAGUCAGGAUGAUGCCCAAGCAGCUGGCUCAGACGUCCCCUGGCAGUGUGUUGUCGCUGAGAGGGUCCAGUAUCCCAGGAUCCCCUGCUGCUGCCAUCGUGGCCAGACUGGAGGAUGGGGUUAUCGGCUAUAAGGACUUUGCAGCGUUGCCGAGAGACAAAGCCAUCCUGGACAUAGAGAGACCAGACCUGAUGAUCUACCAGCCGCACUACAGCUACAGUCCACUGGAGAGGUCCUUGUCUCCUCGCUCCAUCUCUCCUCCUCCCUCCCCAGAGAACCUCUCUAAGGACGGGUGGCUGGAGAACCGGUCUCCUGGAGGAUCCUCUCCUGGUUCCACCAUCCAGACCAGCAGAACACACAGCACACACACACCGCCAGCGACACACACACCAAACACACCUAACACACACUCCUCUGGCACCAAGAGCAUCGUGCAGCACUUCCACAGGCCCGAGAAUGGCACCAACAUCUAUAAGAAGCCUCCCAUCUACAAACAAGAUGUGUCGUCCCCUGCCGUCCCUCAGGGGAAACACAUCGAGGAUCUGAUCAUCGAGUCCUCAAAGUUUCCAGCAGCUCAGCCUCCGGACCCGAACCUGCCCUCCAAGAUAGAGACCGACUACUGGCCCUGCCCCCCCUCGCUGGCUGUGAUUGAGAAGGAGUGGAGGAGGAAGGAGCAGAAGGAUGAAGAUGAGGAGGACGGGGAGCUGGGUGAUGAACUGUUGGGACUCAGAGCUCUGCAGAAACAAGAACUCAACAAGAUUCAGUCUAAUCUGGGUAAAAUCAUCCUGAAGGAGGAGUUGGAAAAGUCUGCAGCUCCCCUGAGGAGGAAAACUCGCUCUUUACCAGACCGCAGCCAAAACACUGGGUCCAACGCCUCCAAGUCCGUGUAUUUCCCGGCCUCCUCUAAGACCGGCCUGUCCAGGCUGCAGUCGGCCGAGUUCAGCUCCUCCAACAAAACUCCUGCAGGAUUAACAUUUCUCUCUCUCUUUCUCUCCUUCUCUCCUCCUGCAGGACUUCAGAACGGAGACUCGAGGAUGGACAGAGGAAACUCUCUCCCCAGCAUGUUGGACCAUAAGAUUUUCCCCUAUGAGAUGCUGGUGGUGACUCACAGAGGACGAAGCAAACUGCCUCCGGGUGUGGACAGGACCAGACUGGAGAGACACCUCUCUCAGGAGGAGUUCUUCAGUGUUUUCGGGAUGUCCAUCGAGGAGUUCGACCAGCUCUCUCUCUGGAAGAGGAACAACCUGAAGAAGAAGGUCUGUCUCUUCUGACGCCGCUGGGGACGGACUCCAUGUCCCACACCCACCCCCCCACCCCCCCGUUCUUCUUGGAUCACCGGCAGGAUCCUGAAACCACGGACUCCAAAUGAAAACGUCAUUAUCAGCAGCACAAACGCCAUCGUCUUCAUCAUCAUCACAGCAGCAGAUCUCUGUCGGUCAGUGCAUCAGCUUUGAUGUCGACUCUCUGACGUGACUCAGUGAAGGUUUGAUGCAGAUUCCUGUUGCACACGUUAAAAUCACCUGUUCAGACAACAAGCUUUAGUCUCUAGAUGUCUGUUUAAGUCCAUUAACAACAGAACUACUGAGCAAGCACAAGUUAUCGACCUGAUCGUCAGGAUUUCAGAGCGUGAGAAACGGACUUGGAGGCACAGAGCAGGUUUUGAAUGAGCCUGAGCAGAGUUAGGAGAGAGAUCAGUGUUUAGAAGGAGGCAAAGAGAGACUUAUUAUGGCUGUCUUUAGAAACAACAUCAGGUCUGACAAUUUGUUUCCCUCGUAUUCAGACUGCAGAGGAAAACCAGAUUUAAGCUUUAACUGUAGAAUGUAAACUUCUCCCAUGUUGAUAAAACCUCCAAGUUCUGUUGGACCCCCCCCCAAAAAGAAACCGCAUCAUAGCUGAGCUAGCUAGCACCAUUUUAGCUAGCCUAAAGUCAAUGAAAUGGUGUCAGCUAUCUUACAUUUAGCAUAUCUGAUUAACCGAUAUACUCCAUUUAAUUCCCGUUAAUUCCCAUGGAAAGUUUCCAACUUUGAAAAUCCCCAGAUUUUUGCAGCCCUGGGUGUAACUGGAUACUUCCCAGUUUGACUGGUCAGAUUUCUCAUUUGUCUAAAAAGGUUUCAACAGUGAGGAGACUGUGGAUGAAAUGUGGAUUUUAGAGGCUGAGGUUUUUGCUCAGGAGUUUAGAGGAGGUCAGUGUGUUACAGCAGCUGAAUCUGAAGGUCGAUCCGCUCUGAAUACGUGAAGCUCAGAUGUUUGUAGUGAUGAUAUAAGUUAAUUCUCACAGUCUGAUCAGCCAUAGCAUUAAAACCACUCCACCUGUCAGUGGUUUGAACGUUGUGGCUUCAACACUCAGCAGAUUAAAGAUCAAACCUCCUGUCAGUUCAGACCGAGGUGUUUCUGCUUUAGACAUUUUAUUUCCAUCAAACUGAACGACUGAAGUCAGUCUCUGAUUAUUGAGCUUCCAGCUGCAGUCGGGCAUUAGAACAACAUUCCUGCUGACUCUGAGUCAGGGUUCAGUACAGAUCUGAUGCUGACUGAGGAAACACACCUGUCAGCCAUCUUUUUAAAUAAGAAAAAUAAAAGAUUGUUCCUAUUGGCUUAGCCAGCUAUGAUGUCACAGUGACAGCAUUUCUUUCCCAGCACCAAAAGGAAAAACAAGGAGACAGUUUGAUCGCAGUUCAAGAAGAUUAUCAGUUUAUCAAAAAAAGUGCCACAACUUCAACAUCUUCAAGAACUUUAAUUGAUAUCUUCCUCCACCAAUCAAGGAAAACUACAACAGCUUAUUAACUUACCUUUUACUUUACUUUGCAGUUUCAGGCUUGUAACCUGCAGUGCAGAGCUUUGUCUCCCCCUUCUGGCAGUGAGAGUAAUUACACAAACACUGAAAGUCAGAAAUUUCUGCAAAGACGGUCACUCCCCUCUUCAGCUCUGACAAACUGAUCAUUGCUAUCACUGUGCAGUGCAGGAAUGUCACCACACACACCAGAUUUAAUCCUGUGAAAUACUCAUAGGCUUGAUCAGCAUCAUGUGAAGUCAUUUGGCAGCGAGGGCUUGAAUGUAACGGACGUUCAUUGAUAUGUAAAAGUCCUGAAUGCAUACCAGGAAGUAAGUUAGCAUGUUAGCACUUCCUGUUCCCUCAUCCCAAAGUCAGUGUGUUUCUGGUUAAAUGUCUGAAAUAAGGUCUGUAGUUUUAACACAAGCUUUAGGCUUCAAACAUCAGAACAGUGGUGUUCUUCUGUGAAGAUGAUCUGAUCAACUAAAUCUGAAGGAUCAGAAACUUUAGCUGCUCACUGUUUAUUUUCUGGAAUAAUCCAAAACACAAUGAAAAAAUCCCACUGGCUUUUUGUGGAGGAACCAGGCUGAUGCCAACUUUAGGGUCAGUCACAACACUCGUCUCUGUGAUCAAACUGUCUCCUCCUUGUUUUUUCUUUCUAGUUCAGCAGAAGCCACUGCCCUGUUUUAUCUACGUAAACCGCACUCGCACAGAUAAAAACACACAGUCCUGAGAGAGCACGAGAACAAUUAUAACCUUCAGACCAGAGCUCAGAGCAGAGACUGAAGCCUCGUCUCUGCUCGGCUCGGGUUCGUCCAAUCAGCAGGUUGUAGACAUUUAGCGUCGGCUAGUGUUGCUUAGUGACCAAAUGAUGUGCAGCUAUUUUUUAACCUACCUAGAGAAGUGGCAUGUUUGUUAUUAAAAAUCUAAAAUGUAAAAUCAUUUAUCAGUAUAUGAAUGUUGCAAAGGAAAAAACUAUUUUCACCCUCGAAGAGGAAAAGAUGGAGGACGGAGGCAUGGAAAAGACACAAAAUGGACGACUUUUCCUGGACUUCUCUGAACCAAAAGAUGACAAGAGGAAUGAUGGGAAAUCACCGGACAUUUUUCACCUGUAAGGACUUCAGCACCUGUACUUAUAUAUCUGUUAAUGUCCACCAGCAUCAUAUCUGAUCUGCAUCAACAUGGAUAGGUUCGAUCUAAACCUGCACUGCAAUACAACUGAUGAAUAUUCAACUUGUUUAACACCUUUAACUCAUUAAGAGCAGCACAGACGACGAUUCCUCACUGAACCUCGUUUAAAGGUGCAGUACGAAGAAUUUUAUGAGUCAGUGAAUCAAAGCCACAGCUCAUUAUGAUGACUGUAAACCUGUGAGACAUCAGACCUUUUAAAAUGAUUUCUCCAUUAGGUUUUCACUCCUCAGGUUUGGUAGAUGAGAGCCAUGAUGGCCGCACAUGGUUGACUUGUUUGUUCCAAUUAGAAGCAUGAUCAAUGGAAGGUCGGCCAUGUUUUAUUAGAACAUUUUUCUGUUUAACAUCUGCCCUCUGCCAAAGUUUGGCUUGAAAACAGAGCAUACAAAAUUUUAUUCAUUUAUUUAUUUACCAGGGACAGUGCCCAUUAACACAGAGCCUGUCAAGGAACAUGGAGGAAAAAAGAUGUAUUUUUGCAACAUCUCAAGAAUCUUUCUCAAGAUUUUACAAAAGUUUCUUAAGAUCAUGGGAAAGUUUCAUGAAAUCUAGGGAAACGUUUCUUCAUUUCUUGAAGAGAUCUGGCAAAACGACAUCUUUUUUUUCAUGAUUGCAUGUUUGGUUUGCUUUAAGCUGUGUUUUAAGUUUAUGUUUAAAGAUUAAAUAGUUAGGGUGUCCUCUUAACACACUUAUAUAUUAAUGACUUUGAUUUAAACCACAAACAGUUGAUAACAAACAGGAGAGUUUGUCAUUUAAAACCUCACAGUUCUGUUUCUUUAAACCAGUUUAGUAUCCAAAUCCUUUUGACAACAGUUUAUACAAAACAAAGAUAAUUAAACAUUCGUGCCACUCUAACUAACUCUUUCUUUUUGACUGUAAACUGCUUUAAAAGAAUUAUCCUUCAAAAAGUGAUGGGUGUGAUCAAAAAUGUUCAAGAAAACUUCAGCAGUCGAGCUGUUACGUCUCAAACUCUGAACUGUAUUUUUAUUUCGGAACACUUUCUUCUUCUAACCUGUCGGAUGAUCAUUUAUCAACAAUUUAGGAUUUUAGUUUUCAAAACGAGGAGAUAAUAAAUUAAAUUUGAUCAUGCAGGUCGGGGCCGCUGGUUUGAGACGCUACACGUGCCAAACAGAUUUUGUACAACCAGGUGAAAACGUGAGAACUAUUCGCUAACAUUUUACAGGUGGCACUAUUGAGCCAUUUUUUGACACCUAAUCCUGAAACUCAUCAGAUCUCAGUUUUGUCAUUUCAGAUGCAUGUGCCAGAUUUCAGUAGUUUUUGAGCAUCUCUUGCCCCUCAACGACAACUUCCUGUUUUAAUGGUGAAACAUUAAAAUGGCCGACGGCCUGGUCUGGUUCACAGUCAUCAUGGUGGUGUUUUUGUUUUUCUGUAUGAAUGUGGUUUAUUGAAGGUAAAAUCAGACCCACUGCACUUUUAAAUCAGCAGCUGUGUGAGUCCGUCAACGCCGCCACAUCCUGCAUCACGCCACCGCCACGUCUGCCUCGCCACCACCGCCACCACCACGCUUCCUGUAUCUGGAACUAAGAAAAGACUGAAAAAAAUGUUAAAAAAUAAAAAUAAAAACUGGAUGAAGAUGUGAGGUUUGUUCGCUGGAGUGAACGCGCAUUGGUCACUUUAUGUUGAUUUGUUGUCUCUUGUUAUUUUCUGAGGACUGACUCUGACACUGUUUGAUGAUACUGAGAGAGAUUUCUAUGCUUUGUUCUGAUUGGUUGUGUUUUAGUUAGAGACAGGAAGUGGGUUGCUGUGACUAACACCAUGAUGACACAAAGAUUGUUCCAUGUUUGUUUUAUUUUUUCUUCUCUUUUUUUGUACAUUCUGACGUGUUUUAUUCUGUUUUUAUUGAAUUAUUUGAACACGCGGGGCGACUUACUGGAGGCGUGUCACUGUCCGCGCCUCUGAUUGGCCGACUGUAACUGCUGUAUGCAUGAUGUCAUGACGAUGAUGUCACAUUUUUAUUUAAACCUUUAUUUAAAUAGACUCGUAUAAGGACACUGGCAGUUACAAGGCUUGGAGGCAGGUCAGUCGGGAUUUGAACUGACGUUUCUUUGGUCUCUGAGGUCAAAGGUCAAAGGUCAGACCUGUUGACGUUGACCCGCCCGUCUGAAGCCGCCCCGCUGCUGUACAUACUGAACCACUGAAUGAUGAUUUAAUUCUUCUUCUUGUUGUUUUCACACCUGGAUGCAGGUGAUGUAACAGAUGAGUGGUGAUGUGGAUGAUUAACCAUGAAUAAAGAGCAUUUCUACUGGUUAGCGUUA